UGCAGAUCCUAAUAAAAUAAAAUUUAUAAAAUUUCAGAUCUCCAUCGUCUCUUUUCCACCAUCUCCCUCUCUCGACGUUCUCCAUCUCGCCGUCAUCCUCACUCGGUCUUCGAAGUAGUCUUGCUCGGCUUUGGUGUCGCGUUCUAUUUUAAACAAGUUAAAUCUGCUGCUUGUGAGUUUUAAUUAUAAGUUGAUGAUUGAACACUAUUAAGGAUGGAGUCAAAUAAAACUCAGCCUGAAAUGCAGUCAUCCAUCGCAAAACCACCUGUUACUUCUUGUCGGAAAAAGAAGAGCGAGGAAGCAUCGUUCUUGGAAGAUGUUAAGGAUCACAUUGAUGAGUUCAUCCAUGCUUCCAUGGAUGAGCAUAAAACAUGCUUUAAGAAGACCAUACAAAAGAUGUUUGGAAUGUCGAAAAUUGUUGCUGAUAGGACUGCUGAAGCUGAAGGAGUUGAAAGUUCUCUGCCCCUUAAAACAACGGUGGGAAACUAGAAUCUCUUCAUCACCACCUAAUAGCUCAAAAUCUAGUUUUAGAAAUAUGCUUUAUUUCUUGGCAUUUAUAAAAUUCAUAGUUCUAUUAAAAUUUAUAUUCCUCAUGAGUAUAAAAGGCUACACUCAUCUCCCUUCUCUACAAAUUUUUAAUGACUAUGGCCUAUCUCAUAAGGUAGUAAGUACUCGUUUGAGGGAUUUUGUAUAAAAAUAAUAUUAGUUUCAAAAUAUAUGAAAUAUCAGUAUAUAUUGGUUGGGA